CCUGUGAGGUCAGUGAAUCUUGUACGAUAUUGUAAAUGCUCCAAAUCUGUUAAAAUCAGCAGGAUGUAUUUUAAUAUAGAACUUGUCCCUUUUCUUCCCAGAACAGUGAAAAGAAUUAUGUGUGUUGAUUUUUUUAAAGGAGUUGUAAAUAGCUGCAUUGCAUUUUCUCUUGGGUUGAUCAUAUUAUUGAUAAACAGAUUAUGGGAACCAUUCGAACGAGGCUUCUUCUGUGAUGAUGAUAGUAUAAAGUACCCACACCAUGACAGUACGAUUCCCUCCCCUGUCCUGUAUGGGGUUGGCUUCUCAUUUAACAUUGUAUCGUUCAUUCUAAUUGAAGCUGUAUUAUUAAGAAACAGUAAAAAUAGCCGAACUAACAAAAAACCAGAACAGAACAUUGCGCAGACUUACUUCUGUAUAGUGUUCAAUAUUCUGUUACCAUUUCUGUAUGGAGCAGCUGUAGUGCAGUUAGUUACAGAUAUAGCUAAAUACUCGGUCGGAAGACUUCGUCCACAUUUCCUAGCAGUUUGUCAACCAGAUGUAACCAAGUUUAAUUGCACGGACGGUUAUAUAACAGCUGAUGUCUGCACGGGAGACAUGGCACUUAUCAAACAUGCAAGGGUUUCAUUCCCGUCAGGACAUGCAUCUUUCUCCAUGUAUUCUAUGUUAUUUCUCGUGUUUUAUUACCAAGCCAGAUUAAGCUGGAAGAACUUAUUACUUCUAAGGCCAUUACUUCAGUUGAUCGUGUUUUGUCUAGCUUUUUACACAGGACUGUCCCGGAUAUACGAUUAUAAACAUCAUUGGAGUGACGUGCUAGCAGGAAACAUUAUUGGUGUCAUUGUAUCACUUAUAACUGUGUUUACACUGACUGAUCUAUUUAAAGGAAGAAAAUCCUCAGAGGAACAACAGAUAGAUAACAAUGUGAAGUUAGAAUCAAUCCGGGUCAGCAAACCUGUCACCAAAUUAUAAUCAUUAAACCCUCCGUCAGACAACAAUGUGAAGUUAGAAUCAAUCCGGGUCAACAAACCUGUCACCAAAUUAUAAUCAUAAAACUCUCCGUCACACAACAAUGUGAAGUUAGAAUCAAUCCGGGUCAACAAACCUGUCACCAAAUUAUAAUCAUAAAACUCUCCGUCACACAACAAUGUAAAGUUAGAAUCAAUCCGGGUCAACAAACCUGUCACCAAAUUAUAAUCAUAAAACUCUCCGUCACACAACAAUGUGAAGUUAGAAUCAAUCCGGGUCAACAAACCUGUCACCAAAUUAUAAUCAUUAAACCCUCCGUCACACAACAAUGUGAAGUUAGAAUCAAUCCGGGUCAGCAAACCUGUCACCAAAUUGUAAUCAUAAAACCCUCCGUCACACAACAAUGUGAAGUUAGAAUCAAUCCGGGUCAACAAACCUGUCACCAAAUUAUAAUCAUUAAACCCUCCGUCACACAACAAUGUGAAGUUAGAAUCAAUCCGGGUCAACAAACCUGUCACCAAAUUAUAAUCAUAAAACCCUCCGUCACACAACAAUGUGAAGUUAGAAUCAAUCCGGGUCAACAAACCUGUCACCAAAUUAUAAUCAUAAAACUCUCCGUCACACAACAAUGUAAAGUUAGAAUCAAUCCGGGUCAACAAACCUGUCACCAAAUUAUAAUCAUUAAACCCUCCGUCACACAACAAUGUGAAGUUAGAAUCAAUCCGGGUCAACAAACCUGUCACCAAAUUAUAAUCAUAAAACCCUCCGACAAAGAACAGUCAGAUAGAACCAUUUGACUGUCACAAAGUUUUUAUCUUCCAGCACACAAGAGUCAAAUAUAACAAUUAGACAAACCUGUCACAUAGUUUUAAUCAACACAUAACAGACAGAAAUGUGAAUCUAGAAUGAAUUCACAGAUGUGAUUAUCUUAUCCCUUGUGAUCACCUUUAUAAUUGUUAAACAUUGUAAUGUAUCAAUAGAAUAGAGGAAUUUAUACUCUUGUGAACAUGAUGAAAGACGCCUCAAUUUGUUUUAUAUAAAAUCACCUGUUUUGUGCUUAUUCUAGUCAAAUCCCCAGUUGAUGUUGGCUUCUCUUCAAAUACUAUAUCAUUAUUCCUUAGGUAAUAUACAAUGUACUGUAAAUUCAGAUAUUAUUGUGAGUUUUUUAUUAAUUGGAAUUAAGGAACUGGUUGAGUAUGGCAAAAGAACUAGCAUUGUUACAUCUUAUACAAAAAUAUGUAUGCAGAUUUUCCUGAAAUUGCAAUUAUUAAUCUUGCAUUUUUUGUCCAUUUUUAUUUAAAAAUCACAAUAAUUUCUCAAUUUUCAAUAUGGCAGGAUCUAAUAUCAUGUUUGACUGCUAUUUACUCGUAUUUUUUAGCAAAUCAUUAUUUAUUUACUAUAUGUAUAUUUUGAAUCAUUCUAUUCUGUUGUAAACGUACAGACCAAUACUGUAAACCAACUUAUUUUCGCCAGCAAUUUAUUUUCGCGACAUUCGCGAGUAGAAAUAUAAUGCGAAUAUAAAUCGUCGCGAAUAUGUUAAACUUGGAUCUUUACUUAAGAAAUUACAUCAAGUAGAUAAGAAAAUUGCGAAAUUGAAUAGCUGCGAAGUUGACUAGAAAUCGUAAAACGCGAACUAAAGUAUUGCUUUACAGUAAUGGCUGACACUUAGUAUAAAACUCAGACUUUGUGAUUUUUCUAUAAAUAUUGUUCUAAUGUACAUUUAUCAUGAUUAUGAAUUUGUAAAAGUUGAUAUUUUUGCUUUUCUUUAAAUGGAACAUUUAAUCAUAAUUCUAAAACAAGAUAUAUAUAGUUUUGAUUGAUAUUAUAAUCACAAAGAUUUGUAUGUAAUUUUAUUAAAAGACGUGUAUGUAAAGGCUACAUCAUGUUUAUUUCAUGGCUGUCAGACCAUCAAAUCUACAAAAAAAAAUAAUUGACCACAAAAUUUGUUUAAGGAUGUUUGCUCCUCCAUUUUAGGAUUUUUGACAGAUUUUCGAAAUCCUCUGGUUGUAUCCAUGUAUUGCCAUUAAAAAAAUUGGCCCACUAACCCCUACUUUUCUUUUUAUAAUUUUAUAACCUUAAGUAUGAAAAGCCACAUUUUAAAAUUUUAUAGAAUUUUUGUUAUUUUUUCAUAGUUUUUGAAGCAGAUAAGGUGCCAAUGUUAAAUAUAUGAAAAAUCUAGAGAGAAUUAUUUCCCGCCAAAUUUUCAAUGGCUUAUAUCUCGAAAACGAGCACUCGAACCCCCCAUUUUUUUCUUCUUUUCUAAUUUCUUUAUCUAUAUGCUAUUUAUUCAUAACAGUCUUUUAAAAAGCUUGUUAUUUUUAAAUAGAGUAGCGAACAUCCUUAAUGGCUAAUAUCUCAAAAAUAAGGACACUGAACAAAAAUCUUUUUUCUGAUAUUUGAGUUCUGUUAUUUUUGUACAAUAUAUUAUGAUUAUAUUUUAGUCUUCUAAAAAUCUUGUUAUUUAUUACAAUGUACUACCAGUUUAUUACAGUCUUUAAACAUAUUCCACCUUACAAUAAUUUAAACAACAUAUAUCUAAAAAUCUUGUUUUUUCUGAUAUUUAAGUUCGGUUAUUUUUGUAACAUCAUUAUAUAUUAGUCUUUUAAAAAUCUUGUUCUUUUUGUAUUUAUUAGUUGCUAUCAAUUUAUUUCAUUAAAAGCUUGUUAAUAACUGAGUAUCAAACAUCCUUUAUGUAGUAUUUUUUAUUAUUCCCCUUUAUCUCUUGUAUUGUUUUUUGUCAUUUGGAUAUGUUCUCACUGACUUACACCUCACUUUCAUUCAUUGGAACAAAUUAAAAUCUGAAUAUCUAUAAAUACAUUUUUAUGUCUUAUUAUAUUGACCAUAUCUCAAAACACUCUAAUUUUAACAGGUGUUAUUUUGUAUUUUCAAUAUUUUUAAUUGUUUUGUUUUGACAAUAGUUAUUAUUUUUUUGGAAAAUAUUCUGCUUAACCUUAGUUUAAUACAUAAUGGGUGAGAGAUUCUUUAUGUCAAUAGAUGAUUCAACUAUGUUCAAUUCAGAAAUGAUUAGUUCAAAUUAGGCCAUAAAAAAGAAUAGCCCAAACCCUACCUACCCAGAAAAAAGCUGCCUACUCAAAUUCUUUUAUUGUCCUGAUUUGAAGAAGUUUUUUUUAAUCAGAUAGGCAUGAAGACUAAUAAACACCCAAUACUUAAAUUUUCUUUAAAAAAAAAAAAAAAAUGCCUACCUACCUACUGUCUCAACCUUUGGGUAGGGUUUGGGCAAACCAAAAUAUUUUUAAUUGUGGCCUUAUGUGAAUGGGAGUGUAUUGCAAAAAUAAGAACUCACAUUCUGAUAUCUGAUACAUUUCCUGACAUUAUAUUUAAUCUCUACUUUUAGUUUGUCAAAAUCUCAAUGAUAAACAGGCUUAUUCAGGGUUUUUUCAGCCCCCCCCCCUCUUUUAGGGAAAAACUGGUUUAUAAUGUAGGGAAUCAAUGAGUCAUGACUGGAGCAGGCCCCCUCUUAGCCUAAGUGUCUUAGGCAGUCUUUAAGCUCCCUCUUAUGAUAAUUUCUGGAUACCUCAUCAAAGAUAAAUGUUUGCACUAAUUCUCUGAGUUUACAGAAUUAAGGUGGUACCUAACACUACAGGGAGAUAACUCUGUAAAACCAGUGAAACGUUUUAAUUACGAUGUGUUGUAAAGGGAAUAAUAAGCUUCUCGAAAAUCAAAAUUGGUGUUUGUCAAACUGCUAUAUAACCAGUGUAAUUUUUCUGAUAAAAUGGUUGGUUCAAAUUUUUUAGAAUUUUUAUGUUUUUGUCAAAAGGUCAAAGUAAAUACUUUGUCAAAAUUUAAAGAAAAUUAAAAGAGCCAAAUUGAUUUGAGUUGGGUACCACCUUAAAGAGAAUAUUGACAAUCUGGCCAUUGUUAAAUGUCUCUGCUCUAAGUUAAAGAUUCUUCUUUUAACUCUUGUUUAACACUUAUUUAUGUUACUCUGUAUAUACAAGGAUAACAGAAUUAUUUACCUUAAUGUUUUAUUCAAUACCGGUAUAUUUUAUAAUUUAAAAUUUUAAACAUUCUUGUAAUAGAAUUGUUAUUUUAUUUUUUGUGAUAAUUAAUUUAUGUUAUUUUUGAAAUAAAUGUUGAUGUUU